AUCGUCAGCUAAUUUGUCAGCAGUUUAGUAUCGCCUCCAUACUGUGACGUCACUUAUCAAAAUAAAUAAGAAAUUUAGGUCACUUUACGAAUAUUGUUCCAAAAUGAAAUUCAAGUUCAAGGAAGAGCACACAUUUGAUCAGAGGAAGGCAGAAUCAACAAAAAUAAGAGACAAGUACCCAGAGAGAAUCCCGGUGAUUGUUGAGAGAGACCCGAAGUCACAAAUUCAAGACAUAGACAAAAGGAAGUUUCUGGUACCAAAUGAUAUUUCAGUUGCUCAGUUUAUGUGGAUAAUAAGAAAGAGGAUACAAUUGCCUUCAGAAAAAGCCAUAUUCCUGUUUGUUGAAAAAGUUCUUCCACAGUCAAGCGCGAGCAUGGGUCAGGUUUACGAAGAACAUAAAGACGAGGACGGUUUCUUGUACAUAGCAUACAGUGGGGAGAAUACAUUCGGAGAAAAUUAAAUCAUACAGGACAAUUGUUUGUUGUGAUAUAGUAUAAUUUUUGUUAUAUAUUUGGGGGUAUCAUCUCUGUAAAUCGUAAAUCGCUGUAAAGAAAUGGUUGCUUCUCUAAAUUCAUUAUUCUGGUAAAAUGUUGCACUAUUCCCAUUGUAACUUGGAAGAGAUUUUGCAUUCAUUUUUUGAAAAUUUUUACUUUUUUUUUUCUUUGAUAAAAUCAUGUAUUUUUUACUCAGUAUUUGGUCUUAAUUAAGAUUAGAAGAUUAUAUAUGGCCAAAAUGUUUUAGAAUUAGUUAUCAGCACAUUUAUUUUCUGUCUUGUAUCGGGCAUGGCUUCGAGAUAUGAUUUUUUUUUUUUGGCACAAAUGUUAUUUUAAAAAGAUGAACAUUAGUCAUUUCAUAAGUAAUACUUGAUUUUUGAUGUUGUUUUCAUUAAACGCUUGCCUUUUUUGUGAUUUUUUUUUGUUAAAUAUAAAUAUAGACUUGUUAUGAUAAAGAUUUUUGGAACAAUUUUAUGCAAGAGUUUUUUUUGUUUGUUUUGUUUUCUUCUCUGUAGUAUUAAAAGUAUUUUUUACUCUGUCCUGUGAACAUUUAUUACUAUCUGUUUUGUUUUUUUCAAUACAAUUCAGAUUGUUUAUUUCAUCAUUUGUAUUAGUCUGUUUAGUUUUGUACUUUAGAACAAAUUUUUAAAUAUAGUACAAACUGUAUAUACUAGGCCAAGUUACAAACCUAUUGUAUCAGAAUUCAGAUAUCAAGAAAUACUAAAGAUGAAUUUAUUAUCAAGUGGAAGAAACAGUCAAGACGGUAUAAGUUUAAAGGUUUUAUUUAAUGAUAAUAAACAACUACGGUAUUCCACCCUCACGAGUCUUGAUCACCUCACCGUUGUAAAAUAUCAGGAUACAUAUAUAUAGAAAUCAAAGUCUUAACGUAUAAAAAUUUGUUAUAUUUAUAGUCACAUGAUUUGUUCUUAAAAUAAAUUUUAGGUCAUUUCAGAUAUCAGAAAUUUUAAAAUGUUUAUUUGUUUUGUCUGAGACAUGAGCUAUAAAUAACUCAUGAGCUAUAAAUAACUCAUGCAGAUGACAUCAUUAUUAACUCUUUAAUCAGAUGAUUUUUUUGCACUCACUUUUUUGUUAUCAUUGAAAGGUACAUGGAUUUUUUCUCACUUUUUUUUUCAAUUUAAUUUACUGAAUCUGUAUAUUCCUAGGGUUAUAUUUAGUUGUUUUGAUCAUGUGUAAUUUGGUAAAAAAAUGCAUUGUAUGAUUUACUAGUAAAUGGUUGCACAGUUGUAUAUGCUUCCAAGAAUUUUACCAAACACUGUAAAGCUCUCCAAAUACAAAGACCCUGACCAAUCCAAUAAAACUUGUAUGAUUUGAUUUUAGUACUAAUUUGAAAUUGAGCAAUAAAAUUGUUGUAUUUU